AUGUCCUCCUUAAAAGAAUACUUUCUGAAUUUAAAUUUAUUUUCACCAUCAUCCGAUUCCAAUGAACCAGAAAAUGAUCAACAACGUCGGUGGAAUACUAUUGGUACACGAAUUUAUAUUAUACUUAUCAUAAUCAUUCUUUUUAUUAUUGGUCUAAUUUUAUUAUUACUUGAACAAUCGAUGAUGGUUACUAUACCAAAUCCAACAAAAGAACAGUUUCAACGUCUGGCUAUCAAUGCAAAAUGCUCAUGUUCUCAUAUUUCUGUCCCAUAUGGAAAAUUUAUGUCAUUGAAAGCAAAUUUUCAUCAAGUUUGUUCAAGUGAUUUUAUUAGUGAUCGAUGGCUAAAUGCAAUUGAUUCAAAAACAAAUACAACUUAUUUUGCUUUUCAAGACUUUCGACGUUUUGGUAAUGCUCAGUUUCAAGCACUUGCUGCUUAUUGUCGUUUGUCAAAAUCAUAUGCUGAUCACAGUAUUAAUGUCCUUUAUCAAAACACAUUGCUAAGUCCACAAAUUUUAUCAGAAACAUCUCUGCACGCACGCAUCAGUACAACAGUUGAACAAGUCAAGCUAAAAACGCCAAAUACUUUUAAUACUCAACUAAAACUAAUCAUCCAAAUGACAACCGCCAAUCAAUUAAAACCUGCAGUACAAACUAGCAGUGCUGUCAGAGAUGGAGAGAAUUACUUUAUGCUACUUGUACAUUAUUACCGAGGAACGGAUGGUUCUUCGUUUAGUUGCAGAUUAAAUAGUCAUAAUCAAGUACAGUCAGGUAUUGUCAAUGAAUUUGGAACAAGGGAUGUGGGUCUGAUCGAGGAUAGUUUGGCAUGGCCUAUACCAGGAAUGUCAACAGGCUGUUACCCAGGAUUUACACUUCUACAUUCGACACUUGAAUGUUUCUACAAUCAAACAUGUGUAAAUAAACUUAUUUCAUAUUUUCCAACAAGUGACAAAUUCAAAGUGAUGAUUAUAAAUAAUGAAAGUUUAUAUAAACCAACAUCAACUGUCCAAUCAAUAAUUGAUAAUUUGAUGAUUGAAAAUUGGACAUUGAAUAUUGCUUAUGAUAAAUAUUAUUCAGAAUGUGCAUCAUCUUCAUGUACUUAUUUGAAAAUAUCUCGACGAGAUUUUAUUCAUGUCUUAAAAAAAUUGAUUAGUUUAUUGUCUAGUUUGACAUUAAUAGUGGGAUUAAUAAUUCCGCUGGUUAUUCGAUUCAUUAUGAAACGACGAGAUCGAACACCAGAACCACGAAUUUCUUUCAAAAAUCGUUUAUAUCAAUUUAAAGAAAAUAUUCAAAAGAAAUUAAUUGAAUUGAACAUUUUCAAACAAUCUUUUAAUACAGAUCGGCAAACGAAAUUUCAACGUUAUGCAACACGAUUGUAUUUAUUUUUUCUCAUUGGUUCAAUGAUAAUUAUAACUAUUUAUGUAUUUUUACAAAAAUCAAUUCAAUCAAAAACGAUUUAUUAUCCCACUGAAUCUCAAUUUAAUCAACUUCAAGAAAAAUAUGCUCGAUCACUUUCAUGUCCAUGUAGUUCAAUAUCAAUAUCUUAUUCAAAUUUUACAAUAAUUCAACCACAAUAUCAUCAAUUAUGUCGAAGUGAUCUUAUUUCUGAAAGAUGGAUUCAGUACAUCCAUGAAGGUGCCUUAAGCGGGAGUGGAUAUCAUUUCGAUUAUCGACAAAUUUCUGUUGGUUAUUUUCAAUUAUUAUCAUUGCUUUGUGAACAAGCUAAAGAAACCAUUGAUAGUUCACUUGAGAUUUUUUUCAAAGCAGAAUUUGUUAGUUCACAAGUUCUUGCAAAAGAAUCGUUUGAAAAUCAAAUGAAUUUAUCGAUUGAAGGUUUGAAAUUAACAACGACAAAUACUUUUAAAAGAACUAUUCAAUUAAUUCAACGAAUUUAUCAGGGAAAUCAGUUGAUUAGUAAUAUAUAUACCGGUGUUUUUGAAGUAGAUACAAAUUCAGAAAUAUAUGUAGCAUCAAAAUCACCCAAAGGAUGUAAUUGUAUUUUAUCAUUAUCCUGUAACUCUACUGUUGGACUUUAUCGUGGACGUUGUGGUAGUCCAUACGUGGAUGAUCCAUAUCUAGUUUCGAAUUUUUUUUAUGGUUGUUAUCCAACUCAAUCAUUAUUGGUUUCAACAUUAGAAUGUUUUUAUAAUCUAUCAUGCAUGUUAGCAAUUAAUAAAGAUCUAUGUUCUCCAGUAUGUUUUUACUUUUCUCCUCUUGAUCCAGAUUUGAAUGAAUAUAAUGAAACAAUCGAAAUGAUUAUUAAUCGAUUGAUGGUUGAUCAAUGGUUACCAACUGUUUCUUUUUCAUCAUAUUAUAAAAAAUGUGCACCAUUAUCAUGUACAUAUCAAUAUGAUGGUCGAAAUAAUAUUUUUAUUAGUAUUACAACUAUUAUAAGUAUUUUUGGUGGUUUAUCACUUGCAUUAAAAUUUUUAAUUAUGAUUAGUCUGGAAUUUAUUAAUAAAAUUUUUUCAAAUAAUUUCUUAAAUUUAAUUUCAUUCAAUUUCGUUAAACAAAUCUUUAUUUGUCAUACUGAAAAUCAAAUUAUUCAUCGAUUACAUGUCAUUUUAGUUAUUGGAAUUCUUACUACAUUUUACAUGUUUUCUACUUUUACUCCCCAUGUAAUUACUAUUGAAACGGAUAAACCUUCAUUAGAAAUCUAUGAAGAUUUAUAUAAAAAAUAUAAUGAUACAUUGGAAUGUCCAUGUUCACAAUUAUCAAUGAAAUAUAAAUCAUUUUUAACUUUAACAACUCGUUUUCAUGAAAUAUGUUUAAGUAACUUUAUUACAGAUCCGUGGCUUUUAUAUUUAUACGAGAAAAGAGAUAAUGAUACACGACAUUCACCAUAUGAUUUUUAUAAUUCAGCAGUUGGACAAUUUAAAUUACUUUCGUCAUUUUGUAAUUUAUCAAAAGAAACAGUUUUUGAAUCAAUUUUUCAAUUGGAAACAACGGAUUUUAUUAAUAAUCAACUUUUAUCAUUAGAUAUCUUAAAUAAUCGAAUUAAAAUGUUUAUUAAUGAAUUUCAACAAACACUAUCACAAUCAUUUGUCAAUAGUAUUUCAUUAAUUCGAGAAACAAUCAGUAGUAAUAUGUUCAUGACUACAUCUCUAAGUAAUUGGGAGUUUGAUCGUACAAGUCCUAACCUUUCUCUUAAGAUUUUUCAUAUGUUUCCCUUAAAUUAUAAUGGAUGCAGUUGUUCAUCAUCAUCUAAAUGUGUUAGUUCAUCACAUGGAAUGUUAAUUGGUUGUUAUCCACUUGAAUCAAUAUUUCAAACAACAUUACACUGUUUUUAUAAUCAAACUUGUAUUGAUUUAACAAAUACUUUCAAAUCAAUAAAUAUUUCAUCAUUAGAAACAAGUCGUUUUUUAUUAAAUCAAACAAUUGAAUCAGUUGUUAUUGAAUUAAUGAUUGAAGAAUUAAAAUUCGAAAUAAAUUAUCCAAAUUAUUUUAAUGCAAGUUCACCAUCAUUAUGUAUUUAUUCAUAUGUUGAUAAAAGGAAUGCUAUUGAAGGAAUAUUAACAUUAAUUGGUUUAUAUGGUGGCUUAGUUAUUAUUUGUCGUUUAAUUGCUAUUAUCAUUGUCAAAACAAUGUGUCGAAUGAAUAAUAGAGUUAACCCAGCUACAAAUUCAUCUUAA